AUGGAGAAGAAGAAAAUUCGGAUGAAAUCCAAGGUAGCUGCUCCCAACCUCCUGAGGGCACUGCAUUCUCUGUACCAAUUCGGUCACCUCUGUGAUGUGACCGUUCACACACAACAUCUGGGAAUCCAGGAGGAAUUUCUGGUUCACAAAGCUGUCUUGGCAGCUUCCAGCAACUAUUUCAAGGGACUUUUCCUGCACAAUGAGAUGCUGGACACCAAGAAUUGCACUGUGACUCUGCAAGAUAUUUACACGGAGGAGUUCACCUCCUUCCUGGAGUUCAUUUACACUGCGGAAGUGGAGAUUGAAGUGGAAAAGCUGCAGCGGAUGAAAGAAAUAGCUGAAAGACUUGAAUGCAAGGAUUUACUUGACAUUUGUGAAGAAGUGAAAGCAGAGGGCAGGAAGGGUUUGGAUUUGAGCCUCCAUCUGAAAGGGCAGCUGUGCGAAAAUGGAGGGGCACCGUGGGCUCACAUCCAGCAAGAGGGGAACCACAAACAGAGUAACUCUUCCCAAGCUGUGGCAGUACCUGUGCAGAGGAAACUCUGGGAUAGGCAGAAGCAUAACGAGUUGUUGUCUGACUAUGAGCUCAUUGAAGGCCAGCCAGCAAGCCUGGAACAAGAGGACACUGCUUUCCCAGCCCCAAAAUCCAGGACAGCAAAGCUGCUCAAGUGCAGCAAGACAGAUACCACCAGAACCAGGCUCAGUGUGGAUCUUGUUAGUCUGGAAAACGAGACUAGUUGUUCUCUCCUAUGUCAGAUGGAGUCAGAGGAAGCCUGUGUAGUAACUAAGAACACUCUGCUUGAGCAGUGGGAAGAUGAAAAGAGUUUAAUGUCCAAAUUUGCCAGACAAACAGAACGCAGGAAAUCACCACAGCGCAUGGCCGAAGGUCUGCCACAGAUUGCCUGCGAGAAGUGCAGCGAAUCCUUCCAGCUUAUCAAGCAGUACCAGGCCCACUUGGAGCUUGAGCACCACGUCAGUCUGGCUGUCCAGUACUGCUGCAACACCUGUCAACAGCUCUUCUCCACAAACCACAACCUUCACCAGCAUCUCCUUGCUGCUCACAGUGAUGAGCAGGGCUUCCUCUGCCUUUUCUGCAACAAGAGGUGUAAGAGCCAGAAGGACAUUGAUAAGCACAACUGCAGGGUGCAUGAGAAGAAAAGGGAUCCUCAGGCCUGCCCCUACUGUGACAAGCUCAUCAGUUCUAAGUGUGGCCUGAUGGUCCACAUCCGAACCCACACUGGGGAGAAACCCUACCAAUGCCAGCACUGCCCUGCCAGCUUUGCUCAGAGGUCUGCUUAUAACACUCAUAUGAGAAAAAUCCAUGAGUCUAGGCAAGAGAGGGAGCUUCUGCCUGUCUAUUGGAUGGUGGUUUCACCUGUGCAUAGACCAAACGUGACAAGCUGUGACAAGGACCCUGAAAGAGAGACAUGGAGUGUGACAGCAGAGCCUGAAAGACAAAAACAUGGGAGGAACGAAGAGGCCACGAGAUGUGAGGAAGGACCUGGGAGUUCAUCUGAGCCCAAAGCAGACUGUAGCAAUGAGCAAGAAAAACAGAAAUGGAAGGAAACUGAAAGAAGAAGUGAAGAAGGGGGCAAAGAAGAUGGAGGUGAAAUGAGUGUGAAGGGCAAAGAGGAGGCACAUAAUGAAGCAGACUGUUCAGAAUUUGAAGAGAGUAGAGAUAACGAAGAGGUCUGCGCUGAAGAGGACAAUGAGGAUGAUGAGUGCUCUCAUGAGAAGGAUCACCAAGAAGGAGGAUUGGAAGAAGAGCUUCAAAUAAGGAAGGUGAACAAGAGGGGUGCGAGUAAGAAACCUGCCUAUGUCAUAAGGUGCGAGAAGUGUCAGGAGCAGUUUGUCUCACGGAAGAGGUAUGUGGACCACUGCCGCGAUGUCCACCAGUGCCUGCCUGGCAAAGCCUAUCGGUGCGACAUCUGCAGCAAGUCCUUUGCCAGUUACAACAGCUGGAAGGAGCACCGGGCGUGCGUGCACAGCGAGGAGAGGCGGUUUGCCUGCAGCCUCUGCUCUGCCACGUUCAAGAGGAAGCGCGACGUGCGGAGCCACUGCGUGCGGAAGCACGAGGGCAGGGUGAAGCGGCCGCUCUGCUCCGUCUGCGGGAAGAUCCUCAGCUCCCGCACGGCGCUGGUGUUCCACAUGCGGACCCACACCGGAGAGAAGCCUUACGAGUGCUCCCUUUGUCGCUCCAGGUUCGCUCAGCCCUCGCAGCUGAAGAUCCACACCAGGUCCCAUACAGGGGAAAAGCCAUAUAUUUGUGAAGACUGUGGGGCUUGCUUUGCUAAUAAAGGCAAACUCACUGGCCACAAAAGGACCCACACGGGAGAGCGCCUUUUUAAGUGCGAUGUGUGCGGAAAACACUUCGCCACCAACGAAUACUUGAAGUGCCACAAGCAGUGCCACAUGGGUGCCAAGCCCUACAAGUGUGAGGUCUGUGGGAAGACAUUUGGACUGAGAGCUUCCUUGGCCCAGCACAGUAAUGUCCAUGCAGCCACCCGUCCCUAUUUCUGCGAGCAGUGCGGGAAAACCUUCACCCAGCAGGGUGCCCUCCGCCGCCACCAGCGCAUUCACUCCGGGGAGAAGCCCUACAAGUGCCGAGCCUGCGAGAGGACCUUCACCGACAUGUCCACCUUGCGCAGACACGUCCUGAUUCAUGACCGGAAUGCUCACUGGAGAAGUUUCUUAAUAGAUCUUACAACCAAAAAAGACCAUAACUGGUCCAAAAUCGAGACUUUUUCAGAAGCCCACAUGGAUGAAGACGCUGCUCCCGAAAUUUCGUCGGUUGGCCAAGGUAAACUUCAUAAACCAGAUAGUGGUGGUCUUGAAAAAGUAGAACCUGCGCCAUCUAGCGGUAGCAACUCAGAAGACAACGACCGCUCCCUUUUAUACUUCUGA